AUGGAAAAUCAGUCCGGGUCAGCAACAAACGGGGACACUAUUAACCCCGGCGAGGCAGGAGCACGUGGCGGCAACGGCGAUGCCGGAACCAACACGGGGGCAGGUGUGCUUCCACCUCUCCCCACUCCACAAGCGGUUGAUACCGCUACCCUAUUGCUGCAAGUGACAAAUAUUGUCGCUUCAUUGACCCAGCAGUUGAAUGCGGCGCAGACUAGCCCGCAUUCUACUUUUCCCCCACGGCUCCACCCGAGUAUGACAAUUCCGACGUACUCAGGGUACUCUGAUAGAAAGUCGGUAGCCGACUUCCUAUUGGAGAUGGAGACCUAUCAGUUUGCAUCUAGAGCGUCCGACGAGGUAGUGCUAGGGCAGGUCUUGCCAGUAGCUCUAGUGGGGGACGCCGCUCGAUGGCGAAGGCUGCAGAAGCCUUUCACCUCGAUGGCGGACUUCCGGCAGCGUUUUAGGGAGGAAUUUUUGCCACCCGACUACGCAAUGCGUGUGCGCGAAGAGUUAGCUUUUCGCACACAGCACGCCGACGAGAGUCUCAUUGAAUUUGUGCGCGCAAUUCAGGAGCUCUACGAUAGGGCCGAUCCGACGGCCACAGAUCAGGAUAAGGUUUCGCGUGUUAUACGGCAGAGCCAUCCUAGCUUCCGUCCGUAUCUACGGGGGCGAAAUUUCGAGAAUCUUGAUGCGCUUGCACGAGAGGCUCGUGUGAUUCAGGCUGAUUUAUUGUCUGAAUUGCGGUACCAACCUCCACCGCGCCCGGAACUAUCAGUUGAGCCGGGUUGCGCUUGGGCGGGUGUGAAGGACUCCGUUCCACGGGGAAGGGAAGCGACGUCCUUGGUUGCGGACGCGGGAAGCCGGUCGGACGUCAUCGUCCCGCCGCGCUCCCUGGAUCCUUUCUCCUUUGAACAGAGGCGCCGUGCGGGGUUUGGCGAAAACUCACGCGGCGGUCCGAGGAGUGGAACAUCCACUGCUCGGAGGGUUCAGGAUAGGCAGAACCAGGUAGAGAGGGACCCCAGUAGCAGAAUGCCACAGGCGGACCGCGGGCGGGCGCAGCCCAGAUGCUAUGGCUGUAAUCAACCAGGGCAUUACAAGCGUGACUGUCCUGUGCGUCGGGGAAAUUUCCGGUCGGCGCAGGGAAACUAGUAACGCCGGCG